AUAUCUAAUGAAGAAGAAGACGGACAGAAGCAGAAAUGUCUGAUCAGUGUGAUCUGUGUCUGCUGGGACUGAUCAUUCUCUCUUCACUUCUCACAGGAACCAGUGGAGAUGAUCAUCUGUUCAUCAGUUCUGGUGUAGAUGUCUCUCUGUCCUGUAAUAAAGAUCUUUCUGACUGCAAAUCAACAUCAUGGAUCUACAAGAACAGAUUCAGAGAUUCAGAGAUAGUUAAACUGAUUACUGGAGGAAUAAAGAAUAAAGACACAGAGAGACAUGAGAGACUGAGUCUGGAGUCUGACUGCUCUCUGAACAUCAAGAACGUCACAGAAGAAGAUUAUGGAGUAUACACCUGCAGACAAUAUGUGAACGGAGAACAACAAGGAACUGAUGCUUAUGUUUUUCUGCAUGUUCUUCAUGUUUCAGUGUCUCCAUCAUCAUCAUCAUCAUCAUCAUCAUCUUCAUCCUCACAGACUGAGAUCAGUCCAGGCCGCUCUGUGACUCUCUCCUGUCAGUUGUAUUUAUAUUCUAGAUACUCCUGUGAUUAUUGGGUCAGUUCUGGGGGAGUUGAGCUGUUGUGGGUGAAUCAGGCUGGUGUUGAUCUGAAGACAGACUCCAGAUAUCAGAUAUCAUCAUCAUCAUCAUCAUCAUCAUCAUCAUCUCCACAUCGCUGUAUCAUCACUCUGACUACAACACUCCUGGAUGAAGAUGACAACAGAGAGUGGAGAUGUCGGCUUACUCGGGGAAAUCAAGUCCAGACGUCAGUCAGAUACACUGUCAAGUAUUCAGCUCAAGCUGAUUCAACGACAGCAGUGAAUCCAGUCCACAUCACACACUCUCAGGAUCCCUCAACUAUAAACACACACGUUUCUAAAGGACCAUUGGACCAUUCUACAGGACCACACGUGAUCUCCACAGUUGAUCCGGCAUCAGAAACUGUCGUCGGUGUGAGUGCUGGAUUAUUAUACAGAGUGAUUGUGAGUAUUGUUGAGAUGGCAGUGUUUGCUGCUCCUACUGUGAUUCUUCUUCAGAUCAUCUGUGCAAGAAGAGCUGGGAGGAAGGACUCGAAGCCCCCGGAGGAAAUAGAGAUGCCCACAAUAUUACAGUAAAACACUGAUGAGUUCACAAUCUGCAGCAAUAUUUACAAUAGCAAACACUUUUUUAUCUCAAUAAUACUUUUAUUAGGAUUUCUUUUCAUUUCUAUGGAUAUUUGCCUACAGUCAUGUUCUUGAGCUUCAUCUGUAAACUGCUGUAAAUAUAAUAUUAAAUACAGUAAUGGACAGACGCAGACAGUAGCCAUGUUUCCAUCGACGCGUUUUUAUCCGAAUUAAGUGAUAUCGA